AUGGCGUGCAGUUCUUCAUGGAUCCUCUGGUUCCACAGUAUGGUUGGGCCUUCGACACUGCCCCAAGGAACCCCUGCAGUGAUGUUCUUCGACUUCCGACGGCACGACCACCUCCCCUUGCGUGAGGUCACAGACAGUCCAUCGGGGCAGUUGCAGCGGAAUAUUGGACAGGAUGACGACAGCCCUGAAUCUCCGAACAAUUCCGCUGACAAUGAACCAAAAGAAGAGCGUUACUCCCGAUCCAGCUACAUCACCUAUAGCAACUUUCAGUUUUGCGGAUACAGGUUAAAGAUCGCUCGAAUUAUGGACGAUAACAUGGGAGUGUCUGCUUAUGUCUGGGAGGCUGGAAUCGCUCUCUGCCGGUACUUUGAGAAGGAAGAUAUCAAUUUCACAGGGAAGAAAGUGAUUGAGCUGGGAUCAGGCACAGGGACUGUUGGGAUUUUAGCAACCCUGCUUGGUGGAGAGGUCACCAUGACGGAUAAGCCGAACAUCCUGAAGCAAAUAGAAAACAAUGUCUCCAUCAAUAUCCCCUCUGCUUGCAGGCACCGUGUAAAGGUCCGUGCCCUGACCUGGGGUGAAGACCAUACAAGCUUUCCUACUGAUUAUGACUUCAUCCUGGGUUCUGAUAUUGUCUAUAGCUCACUUAGCUAUCCGGCACUCAUGGAAACACUGCGAUAUCUCGCCAACCAAGGAGCUACAAUUUACCUCUCUUCAGAAUUGCGAGCGAGGAACCGCUCAUCCUCCUUCCACGAGGAGGUUUUACCUCAGCACUUUAAAUGCCAGGUGGCUGACAAGUUGGAGGACAAGGACAUUGUUGUGUAUAAAAUGACCAAAAUCUGUACAAUUCUCCACGAGCCGCCCAAAACCAGCUCCCGUGGAUUUUGGCAGAAGGAGUGUGGGCGGCGCUGGAUGCUGGCGGCGCUAGUGGAGAGGAGAAGGGUGGUGCAGUGGCGACACAGCUUCCUCUCCUCCACACGCGCCGUCGCAUGUUCCCGACUUCCGCGCCUGUGCACUGCGCCGCGGAUGACGGAAUACACUGGAGGUCAGACGUUCGGCUCCUCUUUGGACCAGUUCAGUCCAGGGACGUCCGAAUAG